UUGCUGUUUAGGUCAAUCAGAUAGUAGUAGUACAUAUAUAAAUAACCAUACAGGCUCUACUUUUUCAUUCCACAAUCUAGCAUCAGGAGUUGGAAGAUGAAGUCGUGUUCAAUAGUUGUCCUCGUCUUAGGCAUUUUAGUUGCAGCCAUUUUGUGCGCACCAGCGACAAAAACGACCGCCAGUGAUGUUAUAUGCGAUAAAAAAGGUUGCACAUUUCCUGUUAAGGAUUACGGACCCGUAGUUACCCCUCAUAUUCCGACUAUGCAGCCAAGGGUUCGAACUAUGCUGGUACCUCCAUUGUGGGUCAACACAACUUGGUUGGAGAUCGUGGAGAGUUCGUCUACAACUUUUGCGCCUGAAGAAGACGGAAAAGAAAGCUUAAUACCAUUCGAGGAUACUACCUACGAUGACAACGAUGAGGAUAAUGUGAUACAAGAAUGAUAGAAUGAUGUAUAAUUAGUAAAAACAAUCUAAUUUUAAUUUUAAACUCUAAUUUUAAAUAAUUACCUUAUAUUUUGGAAAUACACAUUCUACUUAUCACUACGA